CAAUCGAGUUGGGGGUUUGGUGAUUGUCGUGUGUCGAAUGUUGGUCGCGUUCCACGCAUUUGCGACAGAGACGGCCACAGACUAUUCGUCGUCGUGCCUCCGCCUGGCUUGUCUCGGAAGAACAAGCAGACGACGACGUAAGCCGGCCGGCCGUGAAAAUUCUCUUCCGGCUCUUUGCGAUUCGCCCUCAUCGGUCAAACGAGCAGAGCCAAAGUGAAGCGACGAUGAUGGUGGUUUCAGUCGAGUGGCUCACUGCUUGUCGGCCCGUCUCAACUCAUCAAACAAGGACGACAUUCAAAGCGGCCACAAACUCGUUGAUCGUCAUCAGCCUGUUGUUCUUGUUCUCCUGCUCGCCGACGAUGUGCAGUUCGCAGCCAUCGAGCGCUUCAUCUCGUGACGUUCCAGUCAAUCUGGCCAGUGUGUCCACGCAUCACCGUAGUCGAGUCGCCGUGUCGUCCAGCCCUCGUUCGUCCGCCACUCUCGCGGCCAACGAGACACAUGUAACGAAAACGGGCGGCAGGGCGCGCCGUCAUUGCCCGUCUUGUCGAUUGCCAGCCACCGUACAGCAGAAGGAGGAGGACCAACUGGACGCCGAACGACCAGCUGACGCUAAGACGGUGGCGUCGCUGGCCCACCAACAGUCCAUGGCUGGCGAUUUCGCCCGCCUCGAGUCGAUCAAACGUCAAAUCCUCAUCAAGUUGGGUCUCAAUUCGAAACCGAAUUUAUUGUCGUCCGUCAUCCCGCCGAGGGAUUUCAUUUUGGAGACGCUUUUGCGGGCCGAAGAGUCGUCGGUCGUGACCCGUGCUCCUCACCGUCCCUCGUCGUCUUCCACUGGCAACAACAACAAGCAGCGUCAUCAUUUGCAUCAUUCGCAAGCCGAUGCUGCCAGCGUGGACAACGUCAUCGUCGAGGACGAUUUCUACGGCAAGACGUCAGAGAUCAUCGCAUUCGGCGAGCCAGGUCCGAGACUCAACGGGCAGGUGUUGGCCGAAUUUUCACGAGUCCAGGAAACGGCGCCCGAGCCAAGUUUGCGAGUUAAAUCGGCCACUUUAUGGCUUCACGUCCAAAUUAAUGGCACUAGUUUAACAUCGUCGUCGCAUCUGCCGAAAAGUGCGAAUCAACGUCACCAGCGAGGCCACCAACAGCAACGCACCAGUAGGUCACCGACGCUCUACGUCUUUCGGCUUCUUCCGUCAGAUGUUCACGGCCCUCUAACCAACGCCACGAAUAAGCGUCUGACGCAGGAUUGGAACGAGUUGUUAUUGGCUUCGCAAAAGGUGACCAUCCAACACAGCGGUUGGAUGAAAAUCAACAUCACCGAGGGCGUCCAGCAGUGGUUUAGCACGUCCCCGUCGUCCAUCAUCAACAACAACAACAACAACAACAACAACAACAACAACAACAACAACAACAACAACAACAACAACAACAACAACAACAAUAAUAAUAAUAGCAAUAACAACAAACUGCGUUUACUGGUCGACUGCUCCGGUUGCGGUUCCACCGUCCAGCCCGUUCUCUUCACCCAUCGGCCAGCAGUGGCGUCUGUCCUGCCGGAAGACAACGCUCGCCAACAGGAGACGAUCAACAACAAGAAGAAGAAGAAGAAGAAGAAACGGAAGAAGCGCAGGAGGCGACUGGUAGUGGACAAGGAAGAAGAAGAGGAAGAAGAGGGGGAUGGCAAAAACCGGCAACAACUGGAAGACGAGGGCAAAAAGACGGAACAACUCCGGCCGUUUAUCGUCAUCCACACUGAUUCCAGCAGUUCGCGUCGAUUGAGGCGACGGACUCCGCUGGAUUGUGGGCCGACGACGUCCGCCUGCUGCAAGCAGCGAUUCUUCGUCAGUUUCCGCUCACUCGGAUGGGACGACUGGAUCAUCGCGCCCAGCGGAUACUACGCCAACUACUGCCGAGGUGAUUGCGGUAGCGGCGCAGCCGGAAGAGCGCCCGAGUCGUUUCUCAGUUACCACUCGCACGUUCUUGACCAAGUACGCAAGCAGCUGCCUUCAUUGGCCAUCAGUCCGUCAAAGACUAAGAAGAAAAAGAAAAUGCAAUCGUCUGAACAACAACAGCAACGAUUGUUUGCCAAUUAUUUGCAACCUUGUUGCGCACCUACCAAAUUUUCAAGCAUGUCACUCAUUUAUUUCGGCCCCGACAUGAAUAUUAUCAAAAGAGACUUGCCUAAAAUGGUGGUCGAUGAAUGCGGCUGCCCUUAAUCCUUCCAUCCGCGUACAACUGGCGGGGAAUUCUACAUCAUGUUUGGUUGUCGUACACAAUUAAUCACUCGAUGUUUUUCAUUUCAUUUUCUUGCAAUCGCAUUGGCAGUCUGAUCUUGUCUUUGAUGACGGCCGAUGUCUGUUUUUCUUUGUGUUUCGUUGAUACCAACAGUAUAUAUUUAUUACUAGGUUACUCUUUUUGCGUAGAAUUCGAGCAACACUGCCGUUGAUUGAUUGUGCGCCUAUAACCAUCCCGCCUGCUGACCAGUGGUUUUAUUUGUCAAUUGUGCUCCAUUAUUCGACUCCAAACGAUACUUAACUUGCAUUCCUUAUUGUUGCAUUAGGUUUGUACAGCCUCUACAAAAUAAUCUCGCCUCUUGUCAUACUGAUAGAACUGACUUGUGAAUGAUGUACGAUGCAUUUGUUUGCUGAGCCUCUGCUGAUUGUUUCAUUCCAUUUCAUUUGGCUGUCAAUGUCUUUCCUUUUUGCACAUUAUAGACCGCCAUUCCGUUGUUGUUUUUGUUUUAAAUAGAACUGGAUCGGUUUCAUUAAAAGGCUUUUUUGAGCUUUGUAUAGGUGCCGAAAUAUUGUUAAUCAAUGAAGAAGGAAAAAGCAAUGAGCUAUUAGAGUUCGAUUCCACUUUUUGACUUGUCCUUACCGUGUGCCAAUCGUGGUUUUACUAUCAAUAGAUCCAUGUUUUGGCUGCUGAUUUAUUAUUGUAUCUCCUCUAUUCUUGUUCACUCUACUGUUCCAUUAUAUUGCAAAUGUCUUUCAUUUAAUCUGCAAUAGAAAUUAAACGAAUUUUUGGCCUGUUUAA